AUGGCACCAGAACAGUCUCAAUCACAAACUACUACACCUGCUACUGCUUCUGAUAAUAUUGGCACUAGUUUCACAAUAGAUGCUUCCCAUCCUUUGUAUGUGCACCCUUCAGACAAUCAGGGUAUUAUGUUGGUGCCAACUCCUUUCUCUGGGUUUGGUUAUAACUCCUGGAAAAGGAAUGUGCUUAUUGCUUUGUCUGCUAAGAAUAAAGCGGGUCUAGUUAAUGGUAAAAUAUCCAAGCCUAGUGAAGACGCCCAUUUAUAUGAUUACUGGGUAGGAAACAAUGAUAUGGUGUUUGUCUGGUUGAGCAAUUCUUUGUCCAAAGAUAUUGCUGAGAGUGUUCUUCAUUGUGAGACUGCAAGAGACAUUUGGAAAGACAUAGAAGAGAGGUAUGGUCAGUCCAAUGCUAGUAGGCAUUACCAAAUCCAAAGGGAAAUUACUGAAGUCUCCCAAUGUGAUUCAGUUAUUACUAGUUACUUUACCAGGCUUAGGAGACUUUGGGAUGAACUUAGGACUACCUCUUUUGGCCCAGAAUGCACUUGUGGGGUAGAACCAUAA